ACGUGAUUUGAGCUCACAGUGUCAACAAAAGCUCAGGCCAGAAAGAAAACAAAACUGACAUUCUUAUCUUAUAAUUUGAGAAAUUUCAAACGAGAAUCAAAAUCUAAUUUUCCCGUGACAUGUGCGGACGCUAGAAUUCUGCCAAAGCCUGCUAGAUUUGAGUGAACAUUUUGAGACGAUGGUGAAACGGAAAAGAGAGGAGCAAGAUCUGGGGAAUUCCGAGGGACCCACUACCAAACACGCCAACACACAACAAGAUGCCGACUGCGGCAAAGAGAUGUUCAUGGCCGCCGAGCUACAGCUACGUCAGGUGUUAGGGGACUUUGUCCGUCUGUACGAGCGUCUGAGUCCGGACGACGACCCCGGCACCAAACCUAACUACUCCUACAGCGAGCUGGUGUUCCUGGCCAUCCUACGGUCGCCGAAUUUCUGUCUGCCGAUCGGAGAGAUCUACAAGUACAUCCAGAGUCGCUUCUCCUUCUUCCGGACGUCCAGCCGACAGCACUGGAAGAACGCCGUGCGGCACAGCUUGUCCAAAACCAAGUGUUUCUCCAAGAUCUCCGUGGGGCGAGGCGUCGCGGUGACCAAGAAACUCCACAAAGCCACUUACCUGUGGUGUCUCGUCCCCUCCAGCAUCAUUAGUUUUGCGCGGGGCGACUAUCGGCCGUCGUCUGACCGAGGCAGCGGGGUGAAUACACUGCAGUACGGCUACUACAGCGUCAACGCCGGCCAAUUCUGGGGACAAGUGGCGAUCUACCUGGAAAAGAAAAUGGCGGGAUUCAGAGGAUCUCUCUCCAGGUGUAAUCAGCCAGGAGAGAUUUUCGAGGAACAGCUCUGUGAAAUCCCAAGACACGAGGAAGCAUUUCAAAGAGGGAAUUUCUUCGACGCCCGAAAUCUGGAAAUGAAUGCAAUCUCUAUGCCGAAAACUGGUAAUGUCUCCAUAGAAGAAGACCACAACAAACAGCCAGAAACACAAAUUCCCGGAAACAUUGAUGAGUCCCAGAGUUCAAAAACUGAGCAUUUGAUCGAUGACCGUUCGAACAAUAGUAGUGGUACUAGGGAUGACAGUGGUAUCGUCUCUGACGUGUUCGUUUCCAACACCAGUUCCGAUCUAUCGCUGACGGACGCAAACAUCAUCGAACACUCUCUCAAUCUUCUCAGCAGAAGUGAUCUCACGCAUACGUCAUCCCCAAUUACAAAUGUCUUAUAUACCGGCGUCAAUGAUUACCAGGAUGAUCGCAAAACUCCAGAAUUACCGGACUUGAGAAAUGUCAGUCCUCUAAAUUUAUCUCCGAUCUUGUCGGGUGAAUCAUCUGAAAUGUCUCCCCAGUUUUUAAAGGUACCCAUGAAUGCUGCAUAUUCGACCCCGGAGAGUUACCGGAUGGCGCCUGCGUACACAGCAGCAGUGAUGCCACAGUCGUCUACGUUUUAUCAUAGCUCCCCUUAUACAUACCCAGCAUUAACAGAAGAGACUGGUUUUCCUUUCGGAUUACCUCCAUUAUAUCAGUACGGCUUUCUUACUGAUUCGGGAGGCUCUCAAGAAUACUGUUUGUAGUGCUAUAUGGCAAAUUUGUUUUGGUUUGGAAAACAGUGCUUAAAUUUUUAUAUUUUACAGAAUUGUACAUUUGAAAUUUUGUAUAUUUUAAGAAUUUGAUAUAUGAAAAUUAUGUGUAGAGUUUUAGAAUGGCACUUUCCCUUUAAUUUGUUCUACUGUAAAUAUUUUAAAUUGCCUUGUUUUUUAGCGAUAUUUUAAAGAAUAAAUGAUUUCUGCAUGUU